UCAACCAGAUCAGAGUGCCCUCUUGUGAAACUGUCACUGUCAGACUCAAAAUGCAAUGAAAUUGCUAGGGCUCUAAUACUUAUUUUUGUUUGUAAGAUUGGAAUUAUUGGUGGUUCUGGCCUGGACGAUCCUGAUAUCUUGGAAGGAAGAACAGAAAAAUAUGUGGAUACUCCUUAUGGCAAGCCAUCAGAUGCUUUGAUUUUGGGCAAGAUAAAAAACGUUGACUGUGUGCUUCUAGCAAGGCAUGGAAGACAUCAUACUAUUAUGCCAACAAAUGUCAACUUCCGUGCCAACAUCUGGGCAUUGAAAGAAGAGCGUUGUACUCAUAUUUUAGUAACUACUGCCUGUGGUUCAUUAAGAGAAGAAAUACAGCCUGGAGAUAUUGUUAUGAUUGACCAGUUCAUUGACAGAACUAUGAAAAGACAUAACACUUUUUACGAUGGGUGCUAUUCCAGUCUUUCAGGAGUAUGCCAUAUUCCAAUGGCUGAACCAUUUUGCACCAAAACCAGAGAGGUUCUUAUGGAGGUUGCAAAGAAGCAUGGGAUCAAGUGCCACUCAAAGGGGACAGUGAUCACCAUUGAGGGGCCACGUUUCAGUUCUCGGGCAGAAAGCUUGAUGUUUCGCAAUUGGGGAGCUGAUGUUAUCAACAUGACCACAGUUCCUGAGGUAGUUCUUGCAAGAGAAGCUGGAAUCUGCUAUGCAAGUAUUGCUAUGGCAACGGAUUACGAUUGUUGGAAGGAGCAUGAAGAAGCCGUUUCAGUAGAUAAGGUUUUAAAGACUCUGAAAGAAAAUGCGAACAAGGCUACAAGCAUACUUCUUACGGCUAUACCUCAAAUAGGCUCGAUGGACUGGACAGAAACUCUGCAUAACAUGAAAUGUACUGUGCAGUGCUCUGUCAUGUUACCAAAACAUUGAAAGCAUGGAUGGACUCUGAAGAAAGGAGAGGAUCAGUCUUGAGCAUCUAUCAGUGACAAUAUUUUCAGGAAUUUGAUGUAAGCAUGAAAGAAUACAGUAAACCUUGCACUGGUCUAUUUCUUGUCUGCUAGUAAAAUAUCAUGCUAAAGGCGGUUGAAGAACUUAUCAAUAGCCUUGAAAUGUAUUGAUUGUAUGAACUGGUAGGGCAAUGGGAUAGGCAUUCCAUAAUAAAUUAUCAUAAGAUCUAGUACUUCUGUUCUUGAUUACAAACUGCAGAUUAAAAAGAGAAGUGCUUCAUUCACUUUUUGCUCAGUAAUAGCUAUUCAUUCCUGACCUGAAAGAAGGCAAGAGAAAAGGAGUGGUUAGCUUGUGUACUUUAUUGAUCACUUUAAAAAAAUUAAAACUUCAGAAAGUUAAAAAGACAGAACUGUUAGUUGCUUUGCUACCUCCUUUUUCUGAGAGCUAGCUAUCUUACCACAGAAAUGUAACUGAAGGACUAUUAGUUACUUAAAAAAUACGCUGCAGUAUUUUUAUAAUUUUUAUAUAUAUUUACCUGUAUGGAUUGUCACUGUUCUCUUAUGAAAAAAUUACUUUCUGAUUUGGACAUUUUAAACCCACAUUUUAAAAACAUGUCCAUUUGUGCUGCCCUACUGUUUCACCAUAAAUCAUUGUGUCAGCUGUUUUGCAGCAGCAAUAAUUUUGAGUACUUGUCACUGUUUUAAAUGUUUACUUGAUUGCAUGAGCAAGUCAGAAGACAAACAUUUAGAUUUGUGCCUGCAAUCGAUUGCAGACACAGAUUGUACAGAUAUAUAAAUAUUCCUGCAAAAUUUAAGUCUGGAUUUCAAUCUCUGUUUAAAAAAAUUAGACUAUUGAAAUGUUGUAAAAUUUCACAUUUCUCAAUUUUAGCUGAGCUAUGUGAGUUUAAGGAGGAAUGGUGGGCAUCAGGGGUCUGAACAAGAUUUCCUUGCAGCCACUGACUUCCAUUGUCUUCAUUGGAGUUGGCUCAGACCUUAAUUAAACUAAAACUGAAGUGACAAAUUGAACACAACAUCUUGGCCUGAUGCCACUGUCCAUUCUGUACACCAAGGGUAGCAUUAUCUGUUACGUUUGUUUACAGAAUUAUUUUUCUUUCAUUUUAUUCUGAUGUAUAGCUGCGUUAGUGAUGAAUGUAUCUCCUGUUGAUUGUAUCUCAUGCAUAUACUCAUGCACUCUGCAUCUUCUACUGCAUAUGCAGAAUAAAUGCAAUUUGCCUCAAGAAAAUAAUUUGCUGCUGCUUGUCAAAUAAACCAAAUGUAACCUCCUGCUUCUGUGAA